AUGUCCAGCAGCGGUAUUGUAAGCUCCAAAGGAGCCUCAGUGUUUUUCGGCAUAAGUGCUUACUUUCAAAAUAGUGCAGGAAAUGGUGUUCAAAGCGUACAGGUAAUCAUUGCCCCCAUUUUCAUAGCCGCUUCCGUGUAUGUUUCACUUGGAGGGUUAUUGAAAAAACUAGAAAUUUUUAAAGUGGGGUUUAAUCGAAAGUUUCAAUCGUUUCUAUUCAUUAUUGGGGAUAUCACCUUUGGUCUUCAAAUUGCGGGAGUUGUGUUACAGAUGAUAGAAGACAAUAAAGCGCUUGGUCAAGGGUUAGUUAUUGGUGGGUUUGUUUUACAAAUAAUCUCCUUUUGUUGCUUUAUUGCCUUGGUGGCUUUGGCUCACCGCAAGGUCAACAAUACGGCUUUACAAUCAAAGAUGACGGGGUUUCACAGCUGGAGGACUUAUUUCAAAGUUUUGUACGCAGUAAUUGUUUUAUUCUUUAUCAGAAAUAUCUUUCGAUUGAUUGAAUAUGCCCAAGGAUUUGGGGGUUAUAUUUUUGAUCAUGCCGUGUUUGCCUACAUUUUUGAUUCAGUACCCAUGCUAAUUGUGUGCACGCUUUUGGCAAUUGUGCAUCCAGGUUUUGUUUAUUCAAAGGUUCGGGGGUUUAUGGUAGAGGCAAAUGGUUUACAACCAGAUAAACGUAUGGACCAAUCAUCUAUUGAAUUGGAAUGA